UUCCGAUUGACGAUGUCACCGGCCAUAAUCAUUCACCACUCUAUUAAAAUCUAAGCCGUGCUUCUAGUCAUGCUUAUCUUCUCCGUCUUCAAGACACUGACAGAUCAACGAGUAACCGUCGAGUUGAAGAACGAUCUCUCGAUUACAGGAGUAUUGAAGUCAGUAGACCAAUUUCUCAAUAUCCGUCUAGACUCAAUCAAUGUACUGGACGAGGCGAGACACCCACACAUGGUGCUUAAUGUACGCUUUCUAUCCGGUUUCCAUAUUCAUUUCUGUUUCUAGAUGGCGGUGAAAAACUGCUUAUUCGCGGUUCCGUUGUGAGGUAUGUGCAGCUCCCUGCAGAACACGUCGAUACUCAGUUGCUGGAGGACGCGACGCGACGAGAGGUCGCUGCUCAAGGAAAACGGUGACGGACGUGCCC